GCCAAUCGACUAAGCACUCUGAACCCCAAUCUUUUCCAGCUGAGCAAUCUAUCCGUAUUAAGCCUCCGCAAUAAUCGUUUGACGGAGCUACCUCCUGAAAUCGCUCUUCUUGUGAAUCUCGUGGAACUAUCCCUGGGAAAUAACUUACUGGUAAGCUACCUGUACUAUUGAAUGAGGGAAAAAAAAGGAGAUAGCUUAACAUGUUACAGCAAUGGUUGCCUGCGGAGUUGUUACGCUUACCAAAGCUGACCAUCCUAUCGUUGUGCCCCAACCCAUUUCUGCCACUGGAAAAUCAUACCCGCCGACGCCAGGUGUUUGCCCAGCCGGUGUGCAGCCUUGCUGAAAUAGCUACGAGGCAAUUGCUCGCUGAUGGAAAAUGGACCGAUCCAUGUCACGAGGGCCAUGCUAUCCUCCCGUGCGGUCUCAAGGAACGACUCGGUCAAGUGUCUCUCGUCAAUAUUUGUGAGCAGUGUAAAAAGCAGUAUGCGUCUUCCAGUGUUCAGGAUUUCAUUUGGCAAACGGUCAAGGGCACUCAUGACAUAGCCGUACGCUAUCGCUUCUGUUCUAUACAGUGCUCAAAUAUCUUGCACGCCAAGCUCAUGUCUGCCGACAACAGCUAAGCUUCGUCGUUUCUUCUCCUCACUUGCGCUUCACUUAAUCCAUCCAAGAUCUCUUUCACACCUUCCCUACUCUUUCUCUUUUAACAUUCCCUUAUUGACAUUACCUUGU